GUAUAUGCAAUUUCAACUCACUCCUACGGCUGCCGAGUUAUUCAGCGCAUUCUCGAACACUGUACUCCUGAGCAAACGUUGCCUAUUCUCAGUGAACUUCAUCAAUAUACAGAAGCCCUUGUCAAGGACCAGUACGGAAAUUAUGUGAUACAGGUUUGCGGGAUUAUCGGUAGAUAA